AUGGAUAACUCUUAUGCAGUCAGAACCCAGGAAGAAGUUAUGGGAGUUAUGAUAUGUAGUUUCCGAGGUUCAGUGCCACAGGGGCUUGUGCUGGAAAUUGGAGAAACAGUUCAAAUCUUGGAAAAGUGUGAAGGAUGGUUCAGAGGAUUUGCAACCAAAAAGCCGACAGUCAAAGGUCUCUUUCCUGCAAGCUAUAUCCAUCUGAAGGCUGCAGUUGUUAGUAACCGGGGCCAGUUUGAGACUGUAGUUCCAGUGGAAGAUUCCAUUGUUACUGAGGUCACAGCCACAUUACAAGAAUGGAUAAUGCUCUGGAAACAGUUGUAUGUGAAACACAAGGUGGACUUAUUUUACAAACUGCGGCAUGUAAUGAAUGAGCUGAUUGAUUUGCGGAGACAACUUCUAUCUGGUCACCUAACUCAAGACCAAAUCCGUGAUGUCAAACGACACAUUACAGUCCGCUUGGACUGGGGCAAUGAACAGAUGGGCAUGGACCUAGUUCCCAGAAAGGACUUUGAAAUGGUUGAUCCAGAACAGAUAAGUGUGGCAGAUCUCUACAAACUACACCUGUCCAGUAGACACAGCAUACAGCAAAGUACUACACAGACGGAUACUAUGAAGCAUCGACAUGGUGAUACAUGCCGCAUCCCCAUACCCCAUCAUCUCUUACUAAGUAUGAGAAGCUUUACCUACCACACUAUUGGAGAAGAUACAGAUAUCUUCUUUUCUCUUUACGACAUGCGAGAGGGUAAACAGAUCAGUGAGAGGUUUAUGGUGAGGCUGAAUAAGAAUGGAAUGCCAAGAAACCCUGAGAAAAUAGAUCGGAUGUGUGCAUUAUUUACGGAUCUCAGUAAUAAGGAUCUGAAGCGAGAUCUCUACAUAGUUGCUCAUGUGAUACGAAUAGGUCGGAUGCUAUCGAAUGACUCGAAGAAAGGCCCUCCUCAUGUGCAGUAUCGGCGCCCAUACGGUUGUGCAGUGCUGAGUAUGAUGGACGCUCUAUCGUCAAUUGCUGAACUUCGAGAGGAAAAGGAUUUUGUGCUGAAAGUUUACACGUGUAAUAAUGAAAAUGAAUGGUAUCAAAUCCAUGAAAAUAUAAUUCGCAAAUCCAGCAACAAGUAUACUGCAGCCAGCACAAAUUACGGAAUGAUCAUCUCUCUGCAACUACUCCGAGGUGACAUGGAUCACAUUCGCAGAGAGAAUCCUGUGAUUUUUAACCGGGGUGUGGCUAUCACUCGCAAGCUGGGCUUCCCUGAUGUAAUUAUGCCAGGUGACAUCAGAAAUGAUUUGUAUCUGACAUUGGAACGAGGAGAUUUUGAGAGAGGUGGAAAGAGCGUACAGAAAAACAUAGAAAUAACGGUUUACGUCCUUUAUGCAGAUGGAGAAAUACUCAAGGAUUGUAUUAGUCUUGGCUCAGGAGAGCCCUCUGUAAGUGAACAUUGCUCUUUCGUGAUGUACCACAACAACAGUCCACGCUGGGGUGAGAUCAUCAAACUGCCCAUCCCUGUUGACAAGUUUAGAGGCUCACAUCUUCGAUUUGAAUUCAGGCAUUGUUCCACAAAAGAUAAAGGUGAAAAGAAGCUGUUUGGUUUUGCAUUUACACCACUGAUGCGUGACGAUGGUACAACACUCUCAGAUGACGUCCACGAACUGUACGUCUACAAGUGUGAUGAAAAUAGCACUUUCACUAACCAUGGGCUGUACCUGGGUCUUCCCUGCUGUAAAGAAGACUUCAGUGGCUGUGCCAACAUUCCAUCCAGUCUCAUAUUUCAACGAAGUACCAAGGAGUUCUUUUGGAUCUCAACUCUACUCUCAUCCACUAAACUGACACAGAAUGUUGACCUCCUUGCCCUUUUGAAAUGGAAAGCACAGCCGGAAAGAGUGAUGGACAUCCUGGGAAGACUGCGUCAUGUUAACGGUGAAGAAAUAGUUAAAUUUUUACAGGAUAUUUUAGAUACGCUGUUUACAAUUUUAGAUGACAACACAGAGAAAUAUGGGCUGCUUGUAUUUCAAUCUUUGGUAUUCGUAAUAAAUUUGCUGCGGGAUAGCAAGUAUUUUCAUUUCCGUCCAGUGAUGGAUACCUACAUUCAGAAGCACUUCUCUGGUGCACUGGCAUACAAGGAGCUAAUCCGAUGUCUGAAAUGGUACAUGGAUCGAUCUGCAGAAGUUGUGAGACAAGAUCACAUUCAAGAGGCAAUGAGGGCAUUGGAAUAUUUGUUCAAGUUUAUUGUGCAAUCUCGGAUGUUGUAUUCAAGAGCAACAGGUGGGAUAGAAGAAGAACAGUUUCGUGCCAGUAUUCAGGAACUCUUUCAGUCCAUUCGCUUUGUUUUGAGUUUGGAUAGCAGAAGUUCUGAGACUCUCAUCUUCACGCAGGCUGCCCUUCUCAAUUCCUUCCCAGCAAUAUUUGAUGAGCUGCUGCAGAUGUUUACUGUACAGGAAGUGGCAGAGUUUGUGAGGGGGACACUGGGCAGCAUGCCCAGCACAGUGCACAUUGGUCAAUCUAUGGAUGUAGUCAAGCUGCAAUCCAUCGCACGAACAGUGGACAGUCGUCUCUUUUCAUAUUCAGACUCCCGUCGGAUCCUUCUACCUGUUGUUCUCCAUCACAUUCAUUUGCAUCUGCGGCAGCAGAAGGAGCUGCUCAUCUGCUCUGGAAUCCUCAGCAGCAUCUUUUCUAUCAUGAAGUCAAGCUCUCUGGAGUGCUCAGUGUCAGAAGAGGUGGAGAUGAUGGUUGAGAGCCUUCUUGAUGUCCUACUACAGACUCUGCUUGCUAUCAUGAAUAAGUCCCAGAUGGCGGAGGCGGUAAGAGGACAGCGUUGCCCACAGUGCACGGCAGAGAUAACUGGGGAGUAUGUCACCUGUCUACUAUCCCUACUUCGGCAAAUGGCAGAUAACCACUAUCAACAAUUGCUUGAUAAUUUCCAGAGCAAGGAGGAGCUCAAGGAUUUCUUGUUAAAAAUAUUUUGUGUGUUCCGUAAUUUAAUGAAGCUGAGUGUCUACCCACGUGACUGGAUGGUAAUGAGACUUCUAACCAGCAACAUAAUUGUUACAACAGUUCAAUAUCUGUCUCCUGCAUUACACAAGAACUUCACAGAAGCAGAUUUCGAUUUCAAGGUGUGGAAUUCGUACUUUAGUUUGGCUGUACUGUUUAUAAAUCAGCCAAGUCUUCAACUGGAGCAUGCCACACCUGCCAAAAGGAAGAAGAUCUUGGACAGGUAUGGUGAUAUGAGAGUGAUGAUGGCCUAUGAACUCUUCAGCAUGUGGCAGAAUCUGGGUGAAAAUAAGAUUCAUUUCAUCCCAGGAAUGAUUGGCCCCUUCCUGGGUGUCACACUGGUGCCACAAGUUGAGGUACGGAAUGUAAUGAUCCCAAUCUUUCACGACAUGAUGGACUGGGAGCAGCGAAAGAAUGGCAAUUUCAAGCAGGUAGAAGCAGAGCUCAUCGAUAAACUGGACAGUCUGGUAUCCGAUGGAAAAGGAGAUGAAAAUUACCGUGAACUCUUCAGCCUCCUCACCCAGCUCUUUGGGCCUUAUCCUAGUUUAUUAGAGAAGAUUGAACAAGAAACAUGGAGAGAAACUGGUGUUUCUUUCGUAUUGUCAGUAACUCGCCUCAUGGAGAGACUGCUGGACUACAGGGACUGUAUGAAAGGGGAUGAAACUGAAAAUAAGAAGAUUGGCUGUACUGUUAAUUUGCUGAAUUUUUACAAAUCUGAGAUUAACAAGGAGGAAAUGUAUAUCCGUUACAUCCAUAAACUGUGUGACAUGCAUCUUCAGGCUGAUAAUUAUACAGAGGCAGCAUUUACACUAAUGCUAUACUGGGAACUGCUUCAUUGGGAGGAUCGAACCUUGCGAGAGUUCCUACACUACCCAGCCCAAACAGAAUGGCAGCGUAAAGAAGGACUAUGCCGACAGGUUAUCAACUACUUCAACAAGGGCAAGUGCUGGGAGUAUGGAAUUCCUCUUUGUCGGGAGCUGGCCAGUCAAUACGAAGCCUUCUACGAUUACCACAGUCUCAGCUGGAUCCGGAAAAUGGAAGCUGCAUAUUACGACAAUAUAUUGGAGCACCAGCGUCUGGAACCAGAAUUCUUUAGGGUUGGAUUUUAUGGCAGAAAGUUUCCAUUUUACCUACGUAAUAAGGAGUUUGUAUGUCGUGGUCAUGAUUAUGAAAGGCUGGAGGCCUUUCAGCAGAGGAUGCUGACUGAAUUUCCACAAGCUAUUGCCAUGCAACAUCUCAAUCAGCCAGAUGAAACCAUCCUGCAGUCUGAUGCACAGUAUUUGCAAAUUUAUGCCGUUAGCCCAAUUCCAGAGAAUGUGGAAGUUCUUCAGAUGGAGAGAGUUCCAGACCGGAUCAAGAGCUUCUAUCGCGUAAACAAUAUCAGCCGCUUUCGAUAUGACCGACCUUUUCAUAAAGGUUCAAAGGACAAGGAAAAUGAGUUCAAGAGUCUUUGGAUUGAACGCACUACCCUGACUCUUACACACAGUUUGCCUGGAAUCUCCCGAUGGUUUGAAGUGGAGAAGAGAGAGGUGUUGGAAGUGAGCCCCUUGGAAAAUGCUAUCUAUGUUGUGGAAAACAAAAACCAGGAGCUGCGGACUCUCAUCAGUCAAUACCAGCACAAGCAGCUGCAUGCCAACAUUAAUCUUCUCAGCAUGUGUCUUAAUGGAGUGAUAGAUGCUGCUGUCAAUGGAGGAAUAGCCAGAUACCAGGAGGCAUUCUUCCAAAAGGAGUAUAUAGUGAGCCACCCAGAGGAUAGUGAGAAGAUCAAUCAGUUGAAGGAGCUGAUGCAGGAGCAGGUUCACAUUCUUGGAGUGGGUUUAGCAAUCCAUGAGAAAUUAGUGCACCCAGAAAUGAGACCUCUGCAUAAGAAACUAAUAGAUCAAUUCCAGAUGAUGAGGUCCAGCCUUUGUCACGAUCUUCCUGGAAUGGACAAGAUCAGUCCUGCCUGCUCUGGUUCCAGCACACCACGUGGCAGUCUCAUGUCCGGUCAUAAUCCCAUGAGUCCAGAUGCUAUAAAGCUCAUGCAUAGACACAGCCCACUGAACUUGCUUGGCUCCAGUAGACAUUCCUCAUCUUCAUUAUCCUCACAGACAUCCAGUGAGGUUGGAAACCUUGUCAUCCUCACAGACGGUCUUGUAGGAGAAACCAUUGAUGACCCAUUCCGCAUGCAGCUUGCUUAUGCUAAAGCCAAGUUCCAGAGCUCCAUGAUCAAUGUCUCUGUUUUGUUGUCAUACCAGGCCAGUCCAUCCACCUCCAGCCUGAGUUCCACACACUCUGCACCCUCACAGAUGAUCAACUCAGCCCCGUCUAGUGCUCGAGGUUCCCCAUCAUUGUCCGAUAAGUACCGUCAUUCACGGGAGAUUAUGAUGUUGCUGCCUCCUCACAGGGACAGGCCGAGUAGUGCUCUGUAUCCAAAUAUGAUGGAAAAUGGACCGCCUUCUAGUUUCCAGCGGGCCCUGAUUCAACAGGUGGUUGGACCUUGCAAACCAUGCAGUGACCCUAAUCUCUCUGUCGCUGAAAAGGUAUUGACAGCUCCCAGUAGCUGGAGUUUAGACAGUGGAACCAGGGACACAAUACCAUUCCUCUCAGCACAUGUGGGCACAGUAGUGGCACCCCCAGUACCACCUCGAUCAUUGCCACCUGGUCAUUUCACUAUGAAUUUUGAUCCCUUCCAUCAUCAGAUCAGUGAUAUACCACCUGCCUUGCCUGCACGAACCCUACGUAAAUCUUCGUUACACCCAAUUCCUGCAUCACCUACAAGCCCCCACUCGGGUCUUGAUGGCAGUAACUCCACUCUGUCUGGCAGCGCAAGCAGCGGGGUAUCCUCUCUGAGUGAAAGCAACUUUGGCCAAUCAAUGGAGCCACCACGUACAGACACAACAGAUUCCAGUCAGACUUGGAACCCAGAGGAGGAUGGGGAAGCCCCUUACAUACCAGUAAGGUACAGCCUAUCUGAACCAGAUGUCAUUGAAUCUGUGAAAGCUCACCCAUGCCGUAGCCACUCUGCUCCCACUGGAGUUAUUCCUAAGGAAUCCACAGAGAUACCAGCUUUGCCCCCCAAACCAUAUUACCCCAGACCUACAUACAUAGGCAAUGAAGAAACACUUGAAGAAGAGAGCAGGCCAAAGGCUUUCACACGCAAACUCUCUCAGUCUGGUCACAGCGGUAAAGAGGAGCAGGCCAAGGUACCGUGGCAACAUGGCAUCAAUCAAGACUAGGCCACAAAA